AUGCCGAAAAGUCCUAAUAGUAUAGGAUUUCAGAAGCAAUCUUAUUCAAGUGGUAAAUCAAAAUCUUCAAAUCAUUCAAAUAAUUCAUUCUACAAUAAGAAUCAAUCUAAUAGUAACCAUCAUUUAGGUGGUAAAAAUUUAAAAUCAAUGAAUAGAAGAAAAUUUAGUAUUGCAAAUUCAACUUCUUCAUCAUCUUCAUCAACAUCAAGUGGUUCAGAUGACAAUAAUGAUGACGAUGAAGAUUCACAAACUACAAAAAUAAAUCAUAAGUCUAAUUCAAAUUCAAAUUCAAAUAAAUCAUCAAAACAAAUUCAUUAUAUAGAUUCAGAUUCAGAUUCUUCAUUAACUGCAAUUUCUGAUAAUGAUGAAAAUAAUUAUACAAAAAAUAAAUUACAACAAAGAUAUUUAACUUCUACAACUAGUGGUAAAAAAGGAAUUAAAACUAGCUUGAAAAAAAAUAAAUAUGGUAGAAAAGAAAUACCUAAAAAAACUUUAGAUUAUACUAAGAAUAAAAAUUUCCAAGAAGAUGCAAUAAUGUUAUCAUCUGAUGAGGAAGAAGAAGAAGAUGAUGAUGAAAAUGAAGACGAAAACGAUGAUGAAGAUGAAGAUGACGAUGACGAUGAUGAAGAACAAAGUCAUUUAGCUGGAUUAUAUUCUUUAAUGAAUAAAGGUAAACGCAUCAGAGCUUAUGAUUCAAAUGAAAGUAAUAAUGAUGAUGAUUCAGAAGAAGAAGAAGAAGAAGAAGAAAAUUUUAGUUCAUCAGAUGAUGAUUCAGAUAUUGAUUUUGUAAAAUUACAAAAACAACAAAAACUUCAAUCAAUAAAAGCUGUUAAAGCAGCUAAAGGUUUGAAAAAUAUUGAUAAAUCUAAGAAUGCAGGUCAAUCAAAAGAUGAAUCAAUUUUAAAUUCAAGUUCAACUCCAACUGAUCAUCAAUCAUCAAAUCAUAAAAAAUCUACAAAUUCACAAUCGAAAUCAAAACGUAAAAAUUCAAUUAAAUUUGGAAGAAGAAAAUCAGAUGCAGUUUUACCUGAUUUAAAUUUUACUUUUGAUUUUAAUAAUAGCGAAUUUAAUAAUAAUGAUGAAAAUGAAAUAAAUUCUUCAAAUAAAAUUGAAGAAGAAGAUAUUGGAGAAGAAAUUGAUUAUUCACCAUCAUUAAAUAAUUUAGAAUCUUCAAAAAAUAAUUCAGAAAUUAAUCAUCAUCCACAAUCAUUUGAAUUUGAAUUUGAUAAUAAUUUAUUAAAUAUUCCAAAAAUUGAUGAAAGUGAAAUAAAUUCAGAUGAAGAUUAUGAAAUUGAUGAUAAUGAAUUAUUAGCUACAUUACAAGCUGAAAAUGAUUUUAAUGAAUUUUUACCAAAUAUUAUUUCUUCAAAUUCUAAUAAUGAAAAAUUAAAAAAUGAAUUUGAUAUAUCACAAACCAAUCAAAAUAAUAAUGAUUCUUCAAUUAUUGAUGAAAAUGAUAAUGAUAAUGAUGAUGAUGAAAAUGAUCUAUUUUUAAAAGAAGAAGAAAAAUAUUUAGUUAAUGAAUUUGAAAAUAAUGGAUUUGAUGUAUUUGAUGAUGAUAAUGAUGAAAAAAUUGUAGAAGAAGAUCAAGAUGAUUAUGAUGAAGAUUCUGAUGAAGAUGAAGAUGAAGAAGAAGAAUAUACAUUUGAUGAAGGUAGUGAAUAUUCAACUUCUAAAAAAAUUAUAAAUUCAUUUAAAGGAAUUGGAGAAGAUAAAAAUAAACCUAUAAUAACUUAUGAAAGUAAUAAUGAAUCAAAUGAAAGUGAAGAUGAUUAUGAUGAUGAUGAAUAUAUUGAUUUUAUUGAUUUUGAUAUGCUGCCAUUAUUUGAUAAAUCAUCUGAUCAAGAAGAUGAAGAUGACAAUGAAAAUGAAAAAUUAAGUAGAAGAAGAAAUAAACAAAAAUUAACUAAUAGUGAUGAAGAUGAUGAUACUUAUUUAUGGAAUUAUUUUUUCAGUUCAGAUAAUGAAUCAGAUAAUGAAGAUAUUAUGGGAGUGGAUGGAGUUAGUUCAAAACAAUCAACAUCAACUAUGAAUAUAAAAUCUUCAAAAUCUUCAAGAGAUAAUAAACUUGGUAAAAUUAAGAAACCAAAAUCAUCAAAAAGGAAAAAUAAAAAUUUAUCAUCACAAUAUAAUAAAGAUAAACUUAAUUAUAAUCAAAUUAUGAAUUUGGAAUUUGAUCACCACAAAAACAAAUCACAAAAAAGACCAAAUUUUAAUGAUUUUAAAAUUGAAUUUAAUGAUGAUGAUGACGACUUUGAUGAAGAUGAUCAACAAUAUGAUAGUUCAGAAUCAACAGAUUUAGAUGAAUCAUUACCAAAAUCAACUCAAUUUUCAAAAAUUCCAGGUAUAUCAAAAAAAGCAACUGAAGUAUUAAGUUCAAAAACUGCUGAUUAUAGACCUCCUGUAUUAGGUUCAUGGAUUACUUUAGAUAGUAAACCUUUUGGUAUAAUUGAUGGUUUAAGUACAAGAACUUUACAACAAUCAAAUAAUAAUAAUAAUAAAUUCCAAGAACCAAGGAAUUUUAAUAAUAAAAUUACUAAUUCUGAUAAUAAUAUUGAUAAUAGUAAUCAAUCUGGUUUUACAUCAUCUUCAACUAAUUCAUCAUCAUCAUCAUCAUCAUCUACUACUAUAAAGAAUAAGAAUCUCACACCAUUAUCACCAUCAUCAACAUCUUUAGAUUCUACACAAUCACAAUCUUUAAAUCCACAACAACAAAGGAAAAGUAUAAUUAAUCCACAAUCUCAACCUCAACAACAAUUAAAAUCAGAUGAUCAAGUAUUAGGAUUAGAUGAAUUAUUAAAUAUAAAUGAAUUAGAUAAUAAUGAUGAAAAUGAUAUUAAAAUAUGGAGAGAUUUUAAUAAUUCAUCAAAAUUAAGAGUACCAUUAGGAGCAUUUAGAAAUAAAUCUAUCUUGCUAAAUAAUAAUUUAAAAACUCACCACCAACAUAAUCAAAUUAAAAAACAAAGACACGUUCAACAAUCAAAAAAAGAUAAAUCAUCUAAGAAAAGAACAAAAUCUAUAAAUAAUUUAGAAAUUGAUGGUUAUAAAUUAACUAAAUCUGGUUUAUUUAGUAUUGAAACUUUAAAUAAUGUUGAAAAAUUUUUAACUGAAAAUACUGGUAAUAAUAUUAAAGAUCUAUCAAAUAAUGUUAAUGUUGGAACUACCACUGAUUUGGGAUCAAGUGCUGAUGGAACUAAUACUAAUGUUGGUGGAAAUGGGAAUGGUGAAAUUAAUGGGAAUCAUGAUAUAAUGGCAUUAAUUGAAAGAUUAUAG